GUGGUGUCAGGAGGAGGAGGAGGAGUGUGCAGUCUCCGCUCACUCCUCCACAGCCAGGGCACUCCGAGAAUAAACAAUCCUCUCAGACUCUGGCCGCGCUCCCAGCUCAGAUGUGUUUUUAGUCAGAGACGAGGCCCGUUUGGACUUUUUUAUUUUAAUGUUUUGUUUUUCCGAGCCUGCCUCGAUAAUCAUGGUUCCUGCCUAGGGAGUCGCGGCCGCCUCCCUUGGAUUUGUCUGCUGUUGCAGCGGAUGCGCCCGUCCGCCGCUCGCCGCCCGCCUGGGGUGGACACCGCAGAUCUCCCCCCUCAGCUGUGAGCUCUACAGAGACACCACUGACAGAACAACAGACAACCAUGGAAUGCGUCAACAUCAUGGUGGUGGAUUCCUGCUGACUCCUCGCUUGCUACUGGCAUCAACCUGAAUCUUGGCCUUCUGGGGUCCUGCAGCGUUUAUAGGCAUACAGCAAUGCCUUGGAGGGCCGCCUGCCCCAGAUUGCUUCCAGGCAUGGUUGCUUCUUCAGCACGUUGCUGCUUGUAGCCUCUUCAGAACGAUCCAAGUCCAGCGAGCGCAUCCUUCUGCUCUUCUCUGUUCUCACCUGGCGCCAAGACCGGCCCUCUUUCUGGUGACUAACCAGUGCAUGACUGAACCAGAUGACCCAGAUCACAUUUAUUUUCCAGUAGCAGUGCUAAGCAAUACGAGGGGAUCUGAGUAUUGAACAUGACUCAUGGGGAGGAGCCUGGCCCUGAGACACACAAGGAUUCAGCUGUUCUAACUUAUCUGGAAGGUUUACUGAUGCAUCCAGUGGUGGCCGGGCCUGGGGCCACAGCAGGCGGGAGGUCCGAGGCUGUCCACAGCAAUCAGCAACAGGGCAACAAGGUGGGGGGGUCCUUCCCACUAACUCACCAUGCUCCAAUAGCGCCCAAGGCUGGAACUAAUAGACCGACUCUGGGUUCCUCACAACACCUGAAGAAGGCUCGCCUGCUGCGCUCCGGAGCGUGGAAUGAUCCGGGGAACCAGCGGCUGAGUUCACCCCCCAUGGACCUGAAUGGCCAAGUGGGAGGCCUGCAAAACGGAACGCUGGAGGAAUCCCCUAAUGCUGGAGAGAGCACCCUGUUGGCAUCUCUGCUUCAGUCAUUCACAUCACAGCUUCAGAAUGUGGCAUUGUCUCAGAACACUAGUAAACCCACCAGUGAGUGUCCAUCUCCAGCCAAGGCUCCAGCUGCAGACAAAGAGCCCCUACCUGUUUAUGGGACAGCCUCCAGCCGCUUGAAAGGCCUCAUGCGGAAGAGCAAACUACAGAAUCACAACAACACCCCUUACAGCCGCCGUGGACACAGCCAGGACCGGCCACCAGAGUCCCCUCGAUCAGCACACAGCGCCACGCCUCCUGCUGCUCCUGCUGAGUCGGUGUCCUGUGCUGAGCGUUUGAAAGCAGUGGCUAACUUGGUGAAAAUUCGUUCUAGCCCCGCCCCCUCACCAAAGCCCAGCGUGGCCUGCAGUCAGCUUGCUCUGCUGCUGUCCAGCGAAGCACAUCUGCAGCAGUACUCCAGAGAGCAUGCUCUCAAAGCCCAGCUCUCAGGGAGAUCAGCCAGCGAGAGACUGGCUGCAAUGGCCAGCCAGCAGCACGACACAGACAAAAGGCCUCCAAGUGUUGGGGGGUCUCCAGACACACUAAGCUCCUUAGCAACUCAGAAUGGAAUGACAACUACCACGAUGAUGGCAACACUCCCUCGGACGGCAGUGUCCAGUCCUCAGAGCCCAUCCCUGCUGCGUGGCCACAGCCAAAGCUCCCCACCCGCUGCUCCCCACGCGCCGAGCCAGCCCCCCAGAGAGAAAAGAGGCUUUGAUGCUCGUCCAGUCCGCCCACCGCAGACAUGCAGCAGCUUGCUGCUGCUGCUGCUGAACAACCACAACAGUCAGAAGCAGCUGACCAAGAACGGACACCUGGAGGACAUCGGUGGCCUUCUGCCUCCAAGCGGCUCCUCUUCUGUCACGUCGGACAGUGAAUGCUCCACCCAUGAGAGAAGCAUGACCAAGGACAGCAGUGAUGCUGAGAGCUCCUACUCCAGCUGUUCCCCAAUUGACCUCUCCAUGAGAGGUCGUGGCAGUGCUAGUGCACAAGACACUGGGCCCAAAAAUGCUCCCUCUUCUUCCUCUUCCGUCACCUCUGUGCUCUCUUCCUGUACCAUGGUGCUGUCUUCCACCCCAGCAUCAUCCUCUCCUCAAGCCAGUGCUCAGCCCUCCACUUCAUCCUACUCACCUUCUUCUUUGACUGUCUCCUCUGUAUCCACUGCUAUUUCUUCAUCCUCGUCCUCCUCCUUCCCUACCUCCUCCCUGGACAAGCUAACGGAGUCUUUAAUAAACAAGUGGAAACCAGAGCCAUCCAGAUCAAACGUCUCCAACAACAAGGAGCCAGAAAUGAGUCCGGACCUAAAAUCCCACCCGAAGGUCACUCUCAUGCAGCUGCUGCUCGAGCGCAGGAACUCUGAGAUGGCUAGCAAAAGCAGCGGGACACAGGACUUGCCUCUUGACAUAACUAUGGCCACCAUGUCUCAAAGUCAGCAGAAAAGACUGAUGUCCUGGGAGGAGAGCAGAACCAGAAGCUCCAUAGAAAAGUCAGCAGGUCCGCCCCAGUCCCUCUACUCUUUUAGUCAGGACCCGAGUGGUGCACUUUCCCCGUAUUCUUACCCCUCCCCCCAUGUUCAGUCCAGCCCACUAGAUUUGUGUAAGUCUAAAGCCUUCCCAGCUGAGAGGUCCUCAGAGCCAGCCUUUAGUGCCAGUAAACUGUUGCAGAAUCUGGCCCAGUGUGGCACCACCACCUCCUCCUCCUCCUCCUCCUCCACCCCGCCCAUCCCCUCCAGCAAAGGCCUGGGCCAGGAGAUCGACACCAGCAGGCCCCUGGCCUUGAUGGAAAGACUUAAUGCUCCAGUCCACCGGACCAGCACCACUCCACUGUCAGAUGGAGCAUCAGGCAGCGGCACACCUUUCAUUCACAAGGAGCCGUCCACUCCCUCCUCACAGAUCGAGAACCUCCUGGAGAGGCGCACUGUGCUGCAGCUUCUUUUAGGAACCGGGUCGGCCGGCAGUACCACCAGCCGCAAAGACAAGUCCAGUGGUGGUUACCGGAGGAGUACUGAGGCAGCUGGGGGGUGCUACGAGACCAGCCCUGCCACCACUGUCCUUUGUGACAGCUCUAACGAACCUAUCUUAGAUGUGAAGGUAAAGUCUGAGCUCACAGAGGAGGCGGGGCCACCUCCUGCCAGGUCUGAGGACUUUAGCAGCAAAAAGAGACUGAGUGGCUGUGAGAAGAAAAGCCAGCUCUCCGACCCUCAGCAGGACUUGAAAACAGAAGCGCGGCCGCCAGAGGUCAUAGCUAAAUACGGCCUCCUGAGCCAGCUGCUCAAACAACAGACUGCCACCUACUACACUAACUCUGCAGUGCUGCUGGAGUCCCAGUCCACACAGGUGAAGGAGGAGCAGAGGGACUAUCCCAGCCCCGUCCCUAAGAGGAGACGUGUCUGCCCUGAGCAGUCAGAGGGUUUGAGUCACAUCAGGUCUCCAAAAGCAGUGGACGGUGGUUACACAAACAUGUCCGCCUCUCCCACUGUUCAAGUGGAGCCGGAGCAGCAAAGGAGUCUGAAGGAGGAGGAGGUUCCACCAAGCGAGACCCUCACUAGGGAGAGCCGUGGCUUCAAUGUUCUGAAACAGCUGCUGCUCUCGGACAACUGUCUGAAGGAACUGUCCCAGCAGCCACGUGGGACGCCCAGUCCCGCGGCCCUGAAGGCCAAUGGGAACAGUCUCUCUCAGCCUGCCCACAGCUUCCUCCACACGCCCAGCUGGCACCCCCAUGGCUCCCUCAACUCAGGGCUUCCGAGUAAUCUAAGACCACUGCCCACCCCUCCCUCAGACAGCACCCCCGUCCGCUUCCCAUGGGUCCACCAGCCGGCUCCAUGGCCUGUCGCUCAGAAGCGAGAGCCCCCGACUCUGGUCAAGCAGGAACCCGAGAGCCCGGUCCGGUGGGGCAGUCAGGAGAACGACGGAGAGGAGGAGGGUUGUGACUCGAACCCGGACUCGCCGCGGCUGUCUCGCUCUAACCCCAUCCUCUACUACAUGCUGCAGAAGGGCAGCCUCCAGCUGAGGAAGGAGGCGUACGAUCAGGGAGACGGAGUCCAGCCUGUGGUCAGGGUUAAGGAGGAGCAGAUAAGCGACAUCCACGCCUAUGAACGCAGCCUGAGCUCCACCCCUCAGUCACCAACACACAACGACAAGCACAGCCACGAGAGCCAGGGGCUGAGCCAGUCCUUCCAGUAAGACUGUGGCUCCACCACAGGAAGUAGAAGCUGUUCAUUGACUCUAUUUAAUUUAGGGUUUUAUUUCUGGUUUUGGGGAUGAGUUGCUAAACUGGUUUUGUAAGAAAGUGUGUGGUUCUUUAUCUUUUUUUUUUUUAACCAUGGUGUCACUGUUUGAAUCCUACCUGCUGAGGUCACAGCAGAGGCAGCGUUGCUUUGGUCUCGAUGGUCCACGUGAAUCCCACACGCAUCACUUCCCUCUGUUGCCUCUCAUAAACCUUUUACACAGAACAUUUCAUAGUGAUGACUCAAAACAUGCCAGUGCUCACUUCAGUGCACACUUUUUAUUUUCGCCACCAAAGCGUUCUCAGAUACAGUCUCAUCAGCUUUAGACAGGAGCGCCGUCCCGGGGCAGACGCGGUGGUCUAGCACAGCGGCACUCGUGCUUAGGAGGACCUGCGGGCUCUUCGGUGAGGAAACGGAGGCUUCUCCUCGAGUGCCGCGGCUGUGGGGAAAGAACCCACCCGUGGAGAUUCGCUCAGUUUUUUUAUUCGUGCUGAACCUUUAAGGCUGACAUUCAAGAGUGCAAAUUCAGGAUGCCGUGAGCAGGAUGAGCGCAGAUGGGUCAACAGAAACCGCGUGGCUCUUAAACUUGAGCAAAUGUGUGUAAACGGGUUUCUAGAGCAACAGUCUAUAGGCUGCAGCUUAUCU